AUGGCCCCGCAGCAAACAGGUAGCAGGAAGCGGAAAGCGCCGGCGAUCGAGGCGGGCGCCGCGAGCUCGUCGUCUCAGGGCUUGGCGGCGGCGGACGCAGAGGGGCCGCUGCUGCCCAAGAAACAGAAGCGGCCGGCGACGCGGCGCUCGCUGGUGCACUACCUGAAGGGCCGCGAGGUGGGCGCGUGGGGCGGCUCCGGGCUCUCGGGCUCCGAGGGCGAGCUGCGGGGCUAUGCGGUGCAGAAGCUGCCCGAGCUGUUGAGGGAGCGCGAGCUGGCCCUGGGCACCCUCAACAAGGUGUUCGCGUCGCAGUGGCUGAACGCCAGGCAGGUGGUGUGUGGCACCAAGUGUAACACCCUCUUCGUGGUGGAUGUGCACUCGGGCCAGAUCACGCGCAUCCCCCUGAUGCGCGACCGGGGGCCCUGGUUGGCCCGGGCCCAGCCAACUUGCGGCAUCCACGCCAUCGAGCUGAAUCCCUCCAAGACCCUUCUGGCCACUGGGGGUGAGAACCCCAACAGCCUGGCCGUCUACCAGCUGCCCACCCUGGACCCCGUGUGCCUGGGCGACCGCCAUGGCCACAAGGACUGGAUCUUCACCAUCGCCUGGAUGAGUGACACAGUGGCUGUGAGCGGUUCCCGCGACGGCACAGUGGCGCUGUGGCGGAUGGAUCCCGACAUGUUCAGCGGCAGCAUCGCCUGGCACAGUGACGCGGGUCUCCCUGUGUACGCCCACAUCCGUCCGAGGGACAUGGAGACCAUCCCCAGGUCUAGCACCAGCCCCAGUAACCGCAAGGUGCGGGCUCUGGCCUUCAGCGGCAAGAACCAGGAGCUGGGAGCGGUGUCCCUGGACGGCUACUUCCACCUGUGGAAAGCCCGGAGCACUCUGUCCAGGCUGCUCUCCAUCAGGCUGCCCUACUGCCGAGAGAACGUGUGCCUGACCUACUGUGAUGAGUUGUCCCUGUACGCGGUGGGCUCCCAGUCCCAUGUCUCCUUCUUAGAUCCGCGCCAACGUCAGCAGAAUAUCCGGCCCCUGUGCUCCCGAGAGGGCGGCACGGGUGUGCGCUCGCUGAGUUUCUACCAGCAUAUCAUCACCGUGGGCACGGGCCAUGGCUCCCUGCUCUUCUAUGACAUCCGCGCCCAGAAGUUCCUGGAGGAGAGGGCCUCAGCCAGCCCGGACUCCUCUCCUGGGCCCUCAGGAAGGAAGCUCAAGCUCACCUGUGGCAGGGGCUGGCUCAACCACGAUGACCUGUGGGUGAACUACUUCGGUGGGAUCGGCGAGUUCCCCAACGCUCUCUACACCCACUGCUACAACUGGCCUGAGAUGAAGCUCUUCGUGGCUGGGGGACCUCUCCCUUCAGGCCUCCAUGGGAACUACGCAGGCCUCUGGAGCUAAGGAUGGCUCCUGUGUUCUCAAAGUGCCCAGAUUUACCUUCCAGUCCCCUCUCACUUUCCUUCCUCACGCUGUGUUUCUGCUUUUUAACUCAGUGUGACGCUUGUCUUCCAGGUGGAAAGUGCCCAACUUACCUGUCUGUAGUGUAUGAGAGAGAGAGCAAAGGUGAUCUUUGGGCAAUCAAAACUUGGCUUACCAUUUUUCUGUACCUCCCCCAACACAACCAUCUUUUUUGCUUUCUCUGACAAAGAAGUUUGUCUAAUCCUUAAUUGUGUUCUCUGAAUGAUUGACAUAUGGUUUUUCUUUGGGGUGAUAUAGACAUGGUUCCCACUACAAUUCAGUACUUCAAUUUUACCGGUAUUUCAAAAGUAUGUUCAGGUCUUCUACACAUUUCAUAUGUAUGGUAUUUUGGGAAAAUGUGUGCUAAAAAGUAUCCUUUGGGCUGGUUGGAGGAACUACCCAUCAUAUAUAUAACAGGGCAGGUGUUUAGCCCUGCUCUAGAAAAUGCAUUUCAAGAUGUAGAUUGCCACCAUUUGGUGCCUGUUUCAUUUGGAUUUUGGAACCUAGGUGUUUGUUUGUAUAUUUUUGGUACAUAAAAUAUUUAAAAUAUGUUUUCUUAGUCAAGAAAUUUUACAGUGGUGUUCAUCCCAUUAAUCACAAUUUUGAUUAUUCAGUAAAAUUUAGCAUCGAUAGCCCCAGGCCCUCAGCCUUCUUGUUUAAAGCUGCUAUAUUAUGGCCUGCUUUCCUGGGUAGCAUUUAUGCUACAGAUUUCCACAGCUAAUCAAAACUGGCCUAUAAGUGGCAGGACAAUCGGGAAGUACUUUUUAGGGUGAACAUUUCUUUAAAGAUAGGUAACACUAUGCAGGCAGCCAUUUACAGAGAAAGGUCAGUUGUUGUGUUCAAUGUAGAUGUUGUUGACAACUUUUUUCUUGUUUACAUGGAUAAUUCUUUUAUCUGGAUUUGAGUAUGUGAUGUAUUGCAGAAAAAAAUAAAACAUG